AUGACCCAAGACCAGAAACACGAGGCUCUUCAGCCCAUCCACCCCUCCAUGAAGGGCAAGCUCGACCCCGUUUUUGAGAAGCUCUACAACGAUAACGUUGCCAACACGCCGCUCAAGCCCAUUGACCUCUCUGUCUUGCGAUCAAAAUACUCAGUCCUCUAUUCUUAUGGCACUGGUCCUGCGCCAGAUGUUGCCCGUCAAUAUGAGACCCAAAUCACCACUCACGAGGGUGUCGCUCUGGACGUGAGGGUUUAUGAGCCCAAUACCACCGGGCCAUGGCCUGUCCAUAUCGACUACCAUGGUGGGGGUUGGGGUCUUGGUGAUCUCGACACGGAGAGUCAUAUCUGCAAGCACAUUUGCAAGCUGGCCGGAGUUGCUGUGAUAGACGUGGCAUACCGUCUCGUGCCGGAAAAUGCGUUUCCGUGUGGCGUCACAGACAGCUUCGCUGCCCUCAAGUACAUCUACGAGAAAGGUGCUGAGAGGUUCAAUAUCGACCCUACGAGCAUUUCUGUUGGCGGCGUGUCAGCUGGGGGGUUCAUUAGUCUGGCACUGGGACACAUGGCGCGCGAUGCAGGGAUUCCUCUCAAACUCAUCGCAGUCGGAACCCCGGUGGUUGACGAUUUGUCCCAGUACUCAUCUGCGUCCGACUCACCUUUUCCAUCCAUGCAGGAGAACGAACAUGCGCCAACGCUCAACUGGGGCCGCCUGACCUGGUUUGACAAGCUAAAAUGGAGCUCCCUCGGCUCGACCCCAGAACAAAUCGCAGAGAAGCGGCAACAAGUUCCUGAAAUGUUUGCCAACCUCUUCAAGGCUAAAGAUUUCACCAAUCUUCCGAAAACAGUUAUCUACACGGCUGGGGCUGACCCAUUGAGAGAUGAAGGUGAAGCAUAUGGAAUGAAGCUAAUAGAGCAUGGGAACGAGGUGACGAUCAAGCGGUUUCCUGGGGUGCCGCACCCAUUCAUGCACAUGGAUAAGGAUCUUUGGCAGGCAAAGGAUUUUAUACUGCAAACGGCUGCUGCUAUCCGGGUUGCACUGCAUGGGCUAUAA